AUGCGCUUCUCUUCCUUGCUCGCCCUCAUCUCCGCCGCCGUUGUGGCCGCCGUCCCCAGUCCUAUACCCGAGGACGCCAAGUCCUAUGUCCUCGCCGGCCCUCUCCCCUACGGGGAGCUGAAGACCGAAGUCGCCAAGGUCAAGUCUGACGGCGAGCCCAAUGCUGCUCGCAGACUCAACAAGCGUAUCUGUGAAGGCGUGUACAUGUGCGAAGACCAGGACUUCAGCGGCGACUGCUACUACGGCUGCUACCCCCUCAGUAAAUCCAUCUACCCUGACUCCUACUGGGUAUCACGUAUUAGUUCAGUCGGCCCGGAUAAUGGUGGCGUGUGCGAUUUUUACAAAGGAACCACUUGCAAUGUUCUCAUUACUACUUGGCAGGCCUACAAAUAUCCUGGUGGCAACUUGAAAGCUGCCAUCAAUGACAACAUGGGUUGCUUCUCCUACGGACUCAGUUAA